AAGAAGAAGCAAACACGGGGCGGUCUUGUUUUUGUCAGUCGUCGCACGCAGCUUUUCUGCUGUGAAAAUGCGUAUCGAAAAGUGUUAUUUCUGCUCGGGACCAGUGUACCCCGGUCAUGGAGUUAUGUUUGUACGGAACGACUGUAAGUCAUUCAGAUUCUGCAGAUCAAAAUGCCACAAAAACUUCAAAAAGAAGCGCAACCCAAGAAAAACCAGAUGGACCAAAGCAUUCAGAAAGGCAUCAGGAAAGGAGUUGACAGUGGAUAAUGCUCUAGAGUUUGAGAAACGCCGAAAUAUCCCCAUCAAAUAUAACAGACAGCUCUGGGACAAGACGGUGGAAGCAAUGAAGAAGGUGGAAGAAAUCAAACAGAGACGACAGGCCAGAUUUAUCUUAAACAGGUUAAAGAAGGGCAAACAGUUGGAGAAGGAAGAGGCCAUCAGCGAAGUCAAGAAAAAUAUUCACCUUAUCAAAGCACCACAUGCAGGAAAGGCAAAACAAAUGGAAGACAAAAUGGUGCAGAAGCUACAAGAGGAUGUGGACAUGGGGGAUGAAGAUAACUGAUCUUAUAGCAAAGGAGCUUUCUAUGCUAAACUUGUCAAUAAGUUUAUUUGUUCCAAAAUUUGGAACUGUUCCAAAAUUAAAUUUCCAAAUUGAUUAGUGACAUACUAAUGAACUUGGUUUUGAAUGGCUGAAAGCAUUCAUCAGACAAAGAUCUGCCAUAACCACAUAGAUCCCAGAAGGUUUUGGGAGUUGGAGCUGUAGUUUUUCAUCCAUUUGCAAAGUACGUUAAGGACUGAAUGCAGAAAACUAAUAAAAAUUGAAACCUUCAA